AGCAACACGCGACACGCCCGCCCCGCUCUUAUUUCCUUCCGACGCCGCGUCGACGUGCCCCUCAGGAGUCCGACCCGGCCGCCGCCCCUCUCCUCCCCAAUCCUCAACCUAUAUAUUCCCGCGCCCCGUCCCCGCUUCGCCCCUACGGAAGGAGCCUUUGCUUUGCUUACCACAGCAGAUCGGACUCGGCGGCAGCAGCGCGAUGGACUUCUCAUCCGGCGACGUCAGGUCGGCGAUCCUGCGGCCCGCGGCUGUUGGCGGCGCUGGUGUCGGGAGCGGCGGCGGCGCGCAGCUCCUGCGGGGGUGGCGGGAGUUCAGGCGGAGCGGCGCGCCGGCGAGGCUGCUAUGCUUCGAGGAGGGACUGGGAGAGUGGGUCGACGUGGCCAGCGAGGCGGUACCGCAGCUGCGGCAGGCGUUCCAGGAAAGGAGGGUGUUCGCUGAGGCUGUGUACGGGGGCAGGGGGUUCCUGUUCGACUUCUUGCGGAUGGUGCGGAUCGACGCGGCCACCACCGAGGAGGUCCCGCUGGGGUGGAUCGACGAUCGCGGGGCGUGCUUCUUCCCGGUGCCCGACAGCGGGAGGAAGCGGAAGAGGGACGACGCGGGGGCGGAUGACGAGGCGGAGUCGUCGUCGGGGGUCGAUGAAUGGUCGGGGGAGAGCCGCGGGGCGGCGGGGUCUGACGGAACCGGGAAGAAGAAGAAGGCGCGCAGUGCUUGGGGGGACGCGGCGAGGCUGGAAGAGAACGAAAGGUUCUACCAGGUGGUCAGCAAGCUCUUCCUCAGCUACGGGAUGGGUCCCCGGGGCGCGGUGAUCACGGCGGUGCGCAAGGUCGCGCAGGGCGCGCGGGCCAGGGCGUUCCAGCAGCAGGGGCAGCUCCUUGCCGCCGCGCGCGGCGCUGGUGCCGGCAGCGCCAAGUUCGCGUGGUACGGCGCGCCGGCGGAGGACGUGGCCGCCGCGGUAAAGCACGGGUUCGCCAGGGCCAACGCGCACCUGCUCGGCGCUCGCUCGCAUGGCGACGGCGUGCACCUCGCGCCGCCGCAGUGCCCCUACACGAGCGCGAUGCUGGCCAAGGCAGACGAGAUCGGCGAGGCGCACAUCGUGCUGUGCCGAGUGCUGAUAGGCCGGGCGGAGGCUGUCCCAGCAGGGUCCUCCCAGCCCUGCCCCAGCAGCGAUGCCUACGACAGCGCCGUCGACAAUAUGGUGAAUCCACAGUGGUACAUUGUGUGGAGUAAGGACAUGAACACAAGGAUCCUCCCAGAAUACGUGAUCAGCUUCAAGUGCCUCAAGCUUCAGACGAUAGGAUCAUCGGAGGCGACCUCGAAGCUGAAGAAGCCUUCUCCGGUGGCUCGCGACAUGUUUCCGACGCUUCUAGCUGAGAUCCAGAAGUUCGUGCCAUCCCAAAAGUGUCAGACUUUGCAAGGGACCUACAACUGCUUCAAGAGGGGGCAAAUGAAGAAAGACCAGUUCAUCCAGUUCCUCCGCAACUACAUCGGCGACAAAGUUCUGACCACCGUUGCGAAGAAACUCCGGGGAUACUAAUGGGCGGCGUGACCUGAAUUUGCUGUUACUUUCGUGGUGUAUUGGAUGGUGGUGAUCGAGCUAACUCCAGAGAAUCGAGCAGUCUGCUGUGUCAGGAGGUUUUUCUUGUGUUGCUUUAGUUUUCGCGAGUUCGUGUCAACAAGGGGUCUUCAGUUAACUUCCAUUAACCAACACAGGGGUAGAUGCAAUUUCAGAUUCCUGAGCUAUAUUUCCAUUUUUCAUAGUGUUCUGCAGCAUGUAAUUUGUACAGACUGAAAAUAUUUAUGCACGAAACCACUGGACCCCGGUCCAAAUUGCUUCCGAGAGCUACGGAGUUUUGACACCGAUAACGAAUGUACUUAGUGUGUCGUGGUGGGUUGUUGAGAAUGCAAAUUGAGAUGUGUUUGGUUUAAUUCUGAUGAGUUAUUGAUAAUGUUAAGAAUUGAACUUGAUUGGUAUGAA